AUGGCCACCUCGUCUGCAAGGCCUGCGGUCCUGGCCCUGGCUGGGCUGGCGCUGCUCCUUCUGCUGUGCCUAGGUCCAGGUGGCACAAAUGGAAACAAACUCAAGAGGAUACUCCAGAAACGAGAAGGACCUGCUUCAUCCAAGACUAAUGUGGCUGUGGCUGAGAACACAGCAAAGGAAUUUCUGGGUCUGAAGCGGGCCAAGCGGCAGCUGUGGGACCGCACACGGCCUGAGGUGCAGCAGUGGUACCAGCAGUUCCUGUACAUGGGCUUUGAUGAGGCGAAAUUUGAAGAUGAUGUCAAUUAUUGGCUAAACAGAGAUCAGAAUGGACAUGACUACUAUGGUGACUACUAUCGGCGUCAUUACGAUGAAGAUGCACCCAUUGGUCCCCGCAGCCCAGAAAGCUUUAGGCAUGGAGCCAGCGUCAACUAUGAUGACUAUUAACCUCCCUUUCUGAGG